AUGCUGCGGGGAGGGGCUCAAGCUCACUUCUUGCUGCUGCUGCUGCUGCUGCUGAUCCCUCUGCCCCCGCUUCCCGGGAGCUGCCCCAGCGCCCCGCCGGCUCCUCCAGCUCGAGCCAGGCCAGCCUCCAGGCACCGCCUCCCCCCAUGUCUCCGAGCUCUCCUUACACCCUUCCUCGAGCCCCACCAGGGCUCCAAUUUAACCCGGGCCCCUCACCGAGAAUCUGAUUUGGGGUUCCCUUUGGGCCGGCCCCCUGAGUCUGAACAUGGCCCUGAUCCUGUGGUCUCCUCGGGUCGGGGUUCCAAGUGGGACCAGGCCUUAGGCCUUGAGCUGGUGCCUAAGGCGGGCCUAGGCUCAGAGCCAGCCUCUGGUGCCCUCAGCUCUCACCUGGCUCACCAGUUAAAUCCCAGUUCAGGUCCCAGUGUCAUUGGUGGGAGGCUGGCAGAGGCUGCCUUGCUUCACAUCCUCAGUGCAAGCUCCCCUCCCCUAUCCCAGAGGCCCUCGGGGGCCCUCCACCUCUCCUGGGGGUUCCAGCCCACAGGAUCCAGGUUGACCUUCAGGCUGUAUCAGCCCCAGUGCUGUGGCCUUUGCCAGGUCUGGAAAGUGACCUGCAACCCCUAUCUUGAGGCUGGCAGCAUCUCCUGCAUCCCCGGCAAUCCCCCUGGACGAAGGGCCCCCAGCCAAACACUGGCCCACCUCCUCUUGCCAGGCCGGGGCUGGGACUGGAGGUCUUGCCGGCUCAUUGGUCAGGCCCUGGAGGGAGACCUGCACCUCGUCAAUAGCAGCCUGGGCAUCCGAGUGAGGGGCAGCGCUCUGAGUUUGAAUCUCCCACAGGCCCCGACAGGCUCCUAUGGCCCUGGAAUCUACUACUCCAGAGUAGCCCCAGGCAGAGGCAGUGGGCAGCAAGUCCAGACACAUCUCCUUUUCUAUCAGCAGCAAGGCCUGUCCUGGAUGUUUGCCUUGGAUUUUCUUGGGAGUCACUGUGACCACCUGACUGUGCACCUCUACCUCAGUCCAAAAGGGGUGGCCUUCUUUGGGCCCAGGUCUCCCAGAGACCUGGAAGUCCACUUCUUCAGCAGCAGCCCCCUGAGCCCCCCUGGACUCCUCUACCUAGUAUGGUUCAUCCCCUUACAGCAUCCACUUCUGCACCCUCAAUGGAAAUUUCACCUGCACCUUUCUGGGGCCAGCCUCAGGCACAACCGGACAUACACUUACCAGGACCGAAGCCCCAAUACCUCCCGCUUCAUUCCUCGAUCCGUCUUGCCCUUCCACCCUGACGUCUAUGCGGGCUUUGUGGAGGAAGUCAACUGCCCCCCAAGAAGUCCGGAGCCAGCCAUCUUAGAAGCCUCCCUGGACCAGUAUGGUUCCAAAGUGCUCAAGUCAACGGUAGCAUGCAUCCAGAACCCUUGUUUCAUCCACGAGGUGAGAAUCAAGGAAGGCAGUGGUAUUAUGUUAUACCUAAGUGGGAAGUAUCCCUUCACCAUGAGCACUGUUUCGAAAGUCAACUGUAGCAUCCCCCAUAACGUGACUCGAGAAUGGAAUGUCUACCCUGUCCCUAGUGUCAACAGCACUCCGGACUGGAGCAGGCCCUUGAGGACAAGGUGGGUUAAUCAAAUGAAGCACCUUACCUUCUUCCAAAUUCCUGAGCGAGCCUUGGCACGGGGACUGUAUCUGGUGAAUUUCACGGUGACCGUCACCACUGCUGAGAAGGCGAUGAAAGCCUCAGCUUUUCUCUUUCUUUUGGUUGCUAAAAGCCGGCUGGUAGCCAUCAUUGAGGGAGACUACGUUCGGAGGGUGGCUUUCAACCAGAGCUGGACUUUGAAUGGGUCAGCUUCCUCAGACCCGGAGUCUAGGAUCCCUUCUGCAGGCCUGGACUAUAGGUGGUACUGCACCACUAACAGGUCUCACUUUGAGUCUGUGAUUGUUCCCUACUCAACCAGAGAUGUCUGCCUUCCUCAGCUGCCAGACCUGAGGUGGAUUCAGGAGUCUGGCCCUGUGCACACCGUGUUACCGGGAACACUCAGAGGCAACCAGGCGUAUUAUUUCCGCCUGGUGGUUCAGAAGGAGGAGAGGAAAUCAUUUAGGGACCAGAAGGUCAUUGUGAGUGCUGGCCCCCCACCCUCCACGAGCUUUUCAUGCAUUGAAAACUGUGAAAACAACUUAAUCAUAACAGAUCGCUUUUCCUUGUCUGGAAAGUGCACGGAUUGUGGGGUAGCUCCUGUUUACUACCUCUGGUCACUCUUGUCCUUCUCAAGGCUCGAGAUCCCAUUUGACUGGGCACAUCAGACCACGACUGGCAGAACCAACCCUUACUUGACAAUUAAAGCUUCUGCUUUUAAGGGUUUUCGGGACCAGCUCUGCUUCAUUUCUCUAAAGGUGUCAAAUUGGGGUGGGGGGUUCACGGUUUCUAAGCAUUCCUUUUAUAUCAAUUCUCCACCCCGCAUUGGUCACUGCAACAUUCACCCUGACAAAGGCAUAGCCCUAAUGACCAAAUUUGUGGUCCAGUGUAGCAACUUUAGAGACUAUAAUUUACCUCUCAGUUUUAAAAUCAUAGCUUCGAAUUUCUGGGAUGUGGAUGAUAUCAGUUCUUUAGAUCAGAAUACUCUGGGGGCUGUGAUGUACUCUGGGGCUCAGCCUGAGACCCCUCCUUCUUUUCUUCCUAUUGGGAUGCCAGCCAAUAACUAUUUGGUGGUGAUAUAUGCUCAGGUCUAUGAUUCUCUCGGUGCCUUCUCCCAAGUGACCCUGUAUGCCACUGUGAAUUCUCCCCUGGACAAAGACUCGCCAAAUACCGUGCUGAGUCACCUGUUCAACCUCACCCAGAACUCAUCCGGUGCAGUGCUGACCACUCUGUUUCAGCAAGGGCACUUUGUCCAGGCAGGUUAUCUUGCUUAUCUAGUGGCCUCUGUUUUAAAAGAUGUGAAGCCUCUGCCUGACUUACAAACAAACCGCUCCGAGAUUCAGAAGCGCCUCAUCAACUUUUGCAACCUCCUGCCCACCAACACCCUGAUGGAAAUUAGCCAAGUGACAGUGACCAUUGUGGAAAUCACCCAGGAAGGUCCUGGUUUGCCCACAGGUGUCCAGAAGGCGGCCACCAGCAGGCUAAUGGAACUGAACCUGGCUCUGCAGAGAUUCAGGCAAAGGGAAAAAAAAUUCCAUUCUGAACAAAUAGAAAUCGUGAGCAGCGGCAUCUCAACCAGUUUGUCUAAUAUCUUCAAAAGUGGCACUCGUGAGGAUACAGUUAAUGAGACGAUCUAUGUCACAGAACUGCUGGCAGACACAGUUUCAUCCAUUAAAGUGCCAGGGGAGGAGGAGACGGUCCUAUUGACCCCAAACUUCAAGAUGCAUGUAAAGAAGGAUGAAAAGCCAAACGUGACCACAGCCUUCUUGGCCAAGAAAGACUGUCAGAAUUGUUUUUACCCAACACUGAGAAAAAGUAACGUCACUGACUCAGCGAGCGAAGGCCCCAUCUCCACUGUGUUUUAUGAAUUUAAGGACGACCCCUUCCCUUGGCUGAGCAAAGAAGAAAGCCCUUCUGUAGACGUGCUCGGUUUCCGGAUGAGAGAGACCAAAGAGAACGGAGAUGUCUUUGAGGUGGAACCGGAGGUAGUCGAAGCAUUCAUCCUCAGAAAAAACCUGAAGGAAGCUGUCUUUAAUCUCACCGUGGGACCAGAUAAAGACCUCGUCAAAAUGACCACAGGAGUGUUUACUUUUGUGGUGAAUGGAGGCUACAAGGAGGUAUUUAUCCAUAUCAUCACAGAGGUGAAAGUCCUGUUCAAAGUUUUUAUCUACGUGGGCAGCAACGUUACCCACACGCUCCCGAUUGCUUCUUUCUUAGCCCCGCCUGACAUGCCACCGAUGGCCAAUGAGAGUGCGCUGUUUGACCCCACCUGCAAAGUCAAGGUCCCAUACCUCAUCUGCCUCAGUCAGUCUCUGCUGCAGGCCACAGCCCGAGGCAGCGUCUCCGACAAGUGGCACAUCUCCAUGGUCUUGCAAUCCCCCUACAUCGUCAUGAAGUCGAAUGACAAACUGGUGAGGAUUUCCAUUUUUACAGCUGAGUGUCUGAACAUGGACGGCAUUCAAGAGGAGUGGGGAAGGAAGGACUGCGCGGUGGGGGAGCGGAGCAGCUGGUGGCGAGUGCAUUGCAUCUGUCACUUCCAACCAGAACCCGCGAAUGAGACGAAGCCUAGAGAGCCGUGGCACCACAAGUCCAGGAUCAGAUAUCUGACCGCUCGCAUGGUGGUGAUCCCCAACAGAGUCGACCUGCGCAUAGACAUCAUCCAGACCAUCCCGCAGAACCCAGUGACCCUUUUCACCGUCAUCUUCAUCAUUUUCACCUACCUGGUCCUGGCUUUCUGGGCGAUGCACAAAGAUGAAACGGACCAGUUUCUCCGGGAACACGUGAUCAUCCUGCCUGACAACGACCCUUAUGAUCACAUUUGCUAUCUGGUCACCUUCUACACUGGGAGCCGCCUGGGUGCCGGCACCCGGGCUGACGUCUUUCUCCAGCUUCUGGGGACAGAGGCAUCCAGCGAGGUGCACUGCCUGAGUCACCCCGACUUCACUACCUUCUACAGAGGCAGCACAGACACUUUCCUGCUGACCACUCGAAAUGACCUGGGGGACAUCCGCGCCAUCCGGGUGUGGCACAACAACGAAGGCAGCUGUCCCAGCUGGUAUCUGAGCAGAGUCAAGGUCGAAAACAUCUUCGACAGGCACAUCUGGCUCUUCCUCUGCCGGACGUGGCUCUCGGUGGAGUCGUUGGAGCGGACCUUUGAGGUGACCGACAAGACGCAGCCCAUUAGCAGGAAGGAUUACUUCCUCAUCCACGCCUCGAACCUGCUCAGCACCAGCCAUCUCUGGCUGUCUGUCUUCUCCAGUGUGAUCACGGGGCCCUUCAACAGGCUGCAGCGGCUCUCCUGCUGCCUGACCACGCUCCUGAGCACGCUGCUCUGUAACAUCAUGUUCUUCAACAAGGACCAGGAGGGCGAGGACAUGCCUGUGGAGCUGAAGCACCUGCGGGGGGUGAUGCGGGGCAUCGAGAGCGCUAUGCUCUGCGAGCCGCUGCUAAUGGCCAUCAGCACCCUCUUCACCUACUCCCAGAGGAAGGUCACCCCCGUGCCUGCCACCCACGUGGCUCCUCGACUUCAUCCCUUCACGAGGUCCGAUUUCCGAAACUGGAAAGAGCGCCUGGAAAUGUGGUACUACCACGAGACUACCCACCCGCAGACUCAGGACCAUGGAGUCCCCACGAGAAAGCAGGCCCCGGGGAGUAACGUGAUGCUUCUGGAGGCAGCAGCCAACGCCAUCACAGAAACGAAGGGGAAGCCCCCCAACUCUGGGCCCCAGUCCACUGCAGCAGUUUCCCCAGAACAGAACGCAGCGGCCCCAGCAGCGAGGGAGGCCAUGGGCAAGGAGGAGCAGUCCUUCAGAGAGACAGGGGGCGGGGUCUUAAGCUCAUCCCACCUCAAUGUAGAACAGGAGCUAGAUGAGGACGGAGAAGUGGAGCAAGCACCAGGAGACAAACCUAGAAAAGUGAUGCUCUUUGAAGCCAAGCCUCACUUUGUUCUCCACUGGUGGUGCGUCUACGUGGCCUGGCUCCUGGUCAUCGGCAGCUCUGGGGUGUCCUCCUUUUUCAUCAUUAUGUACGGGCUAACAUACGGAUACCAGAAGUCCAUGGAAUGGCUGCUCGCCUCUGUGUCCUCCCUGUGCCAGUCGAUAUUUGUGAUCCAGGUGGCCAAGAUCUUGCUACUAUCGGGCAUCAAGUCAGGCAGAGCCAAGUACUGUAAGAACAUCCCAUGGACUACGAGGUACAAUUACAUUGAGAUACGCCUGCAGGGCAUGAACUUAGACGCUGAUGACAUGAGAGAGCUGCACUAUGAGAUCAUCCGAAUUCGUGGCACGAGAAUGUACCAACCUUUGGUGGAAGAUGAGAUCAGAAUAUUCAGAAGAAGGAAGAGGAUCAAAAAGAGGGCCAUCGUGUUUUUGAGGAACAUCGCAAGCCACUUCAUCUUUGUCGCUCUCUUGUUGUGCAUCACCUCCCUUUCUAGGCACUCCUACAGCUUCCAUUAUAACCAGGCAGUCCACAAUCAGUUUUCGGUGAAGCUUGAAAAAGUCAGAGAACUGAACGACACCUACAGGUGGCUCACUGAUGUCCUGCUGCCCUUGGUCCACAACAGCCAGAAUCCAACUUUUCUCUUUAACAGCUGGUCCAGGAUUCUUGGCUUGCCGAGGAUGCGACAAAUGAGGGCAAAGUCCCCCAGGAAGUCAUGCUUCCUCUCUGGCACCGCCGCCAACAGGUUAAUGAAAAAGGGCAUCCAUUGUCAAAGCCAGUACAGCUGGGGCAUGGAGGAUAGGAAAAACUACGGCAGAUUUUGGACGGUCCCCAGUGACUCUUCUGUGGGCGUGAGGCCAGUCAGCUUUACUUACGAGCCUAGGCUGGGCAAAUGGGUCUAUUAUUCCUACGGAGCGGCUCACACAUAUGGAAUGGGUGGGUACCCGUUUUAUUUCUUCCCUGACCAGCAGCAGUAUAAUUCCACACUAAGGCUGCAGGAGCUUGAGGAGAGCCAGUGGCUGGAUGAGAGGACCUGGGCCGUGAUCCUGGAGCUGACCACCUUUCAUUCAGAUGCCAGCUUAUUUUGCACCAUCUCUAUUGUAUUUGAAGUCUCCCCGUUGGGGGUCGUCAAUCCAAGCCUGGCAGUUCACUCGUUUGGUCUCCCACUCUUCCAAAGGCGGAGUUGGCUUGAGCUAUAUCUGUAUGGCGCCGCCAUGGUGUUUAUUGUGCUGUAUUUGGUAGACGAAGUCGCCACCAUCCACAAGGAAAAGGAGCACUACGUCAGGAAUGUGUUCAAUCUCGUGAGCUUUGGCCUCAAGUCAAUGUUCCUCUUCUUCAUCUUGCUGCUCUACAUCCAAUUCAGGAUGGCCAAGGACAUCCUGCACUUUUACCUCCAGAAGCCGGAUGACUUCCUCCCAUUCCAUGCCAUUUCUUACAUGGACCAGGUCCUUCACAUCAUUCUGGGCUUCCUGGGCUUCCUGACCACUCUGAAGACAUUGAUGUACUCCAGAUUCUUCUAUGAUGUGCGGCUGGCCCAGAGAGCUCUGCUGGAGGCCUGGCCAGGAAUCUGUCACAUGGCCUUCUUGGUGGGCAUCUACAUCUUUGUGUAUGUGGUCUUUGGCUACCUUGUCUUUGGCCAGCACCGGUGGCAUUAUAGCAGCAUUGUUCACUCCACACAGACCAUCUUCUCCUACUGCGUUUCAGCCUUCGAGGACACGGCCUUCUUAAAUGAGCAGGUCCUCGGGGGCCUGUUCCUGUCCUCGUUUAUGCUGGUGAUGAUCUGUGUCUUGAUUAACCUGUUUCAGGCUGUGAUUCUGUCGGCCUAUGAAGAAAUGAAGCAGCUCGUGUAUGAGGAGCCGGCGGCAGAAGUGGAGGCCAUGACCUACCUCUUCCGCAAGGUGAGGAAUCUCUUCCGCUUCCUCACAUGCCGGGCGCCUGCCCAGGAGGAGCCUGCCUACUUCACAGACAUACUCUAUGGCCAUCCAGAGAAUAAAAGUUAUCAGUACUUGGGGCUUAAAACCAGAAACAUCAAUGGGAAGAGGUUGACUUAUGUGGUUGUGUGA